CCUGAGAAGUUUGGUCUGUCGCCUGGUCUUUGGGACAGCCUCUCACACAUCAUCUCUAUAGACUCGCCAUCUGGGAAACUAAGUUACCUGCAAUCUCUCCAGCCAAAUAACCCCCAACAUUUUGACUACUACCAUCUGCCAUGGAGACCCAGCAAAGAUACAGACACCACUCCUUUUGCCACACCUGCCGGAGAACGGAGAGCAGCAGAAUUAAGGUGAAGAAGAUGUCUUCGCCCAGCCGCUCGCUGCUGUUUGCACUGGCCCUGACGCUCUACGUUGUCGAAAUGGCCUCGGCGGAGACGCUGUGUGGGGGAGAGCUGGUGGAUGCGCUGCAGUUCGUCUGCGAAGACAGAGGAUUCUAUUUCAGUAGGCCAACCAGCAGGGGGAACAACCGACGCCCUCAGAAUCGUGGGAUUGUGGAGGAGUGUUGUUUCCGUAGCUGUGACCUCAACUUGCUGGAACAGUACUGUGCCAAACCCGCCAAGUCUGAAAGGGACGUGUCGGCCACUUCUCUUCAAGUCAUACCCGUGAUGCCCCCACAGGAUCCCGUUAGGAAGGUGAAGUAUUCCAAAUACGAGGUGUGGCAGAGGAAGGCGGCCCAGCGGCUCCGGAGGGGGGUCCCCGCCAUCCUGAGGGCCAAAAAGUUCCGGAGGCAGGCGGAGAAGAUCAAAGCCCAGGAGCAGGCAAUCUUCCACAGGCCCCUGAUCAGCCUGCCCAGCAAACUGCCGCCCGUCUUGCUCGCCACGGAUAACUAUGUCAACCACAAGUGAGCCCGCUGCCAGCCCUUUGCACAGACAAGAGUUUGGAGGGAGAAAAAAAAAGACUAGGGGAUUAUAGCUUUGUCUCUGACGUCAUUUCUGUGGCAGUCCUCUUUGACCUCCCCUGCCCUGUCAGAGCCCACCAAUCCCUCCCCCCCGCUCUCAUCCACUACUUCUUGACCCCCUGGCCCUUUUCUAAUGCCCCCCCACCACCACCACCCACCCUCCUCCAAGACCCCCCCCCCCUCCUCCGGCACACAUACGUGCCUUCACAUUCUUCCUAUCUAAACUCUUUCGCUCCCUCUCUCUUUCAGUCACUGACACAAAAGGCACGAACACAAAUGAUGAACAAAAAGUUAACAAUUCGGCUGAAUGCAGUUCAGGUGGAUCCUCGAAGCAAAAGAGAAAAGGGAGAAAGGAAGACGAAAGAUCUGUGGUUUGCAAGUGUCAAGAGGACACCCAGCGGAAUGUUUUUUUGUCCUUGUGGAAGACAACUGAAAGUGAAGAGCAGCUUGCAUGACAGAAACCAUUCCACAUCAUUUUUUUUUCCUGAGGCAAAAAGAAAAUCUCUAUUAGUUCUUUUUCUUUUUAGUUUGCACCUCUACCUAUAAAGGGACUUCCACACUGUAAGGAAUUAUUUUGUAAAAUUAGAUUCCUGUUCCAGCACCUUUUGAUCACAAACAAAAAGCAGAAAAGAGUCUGCAAAAUUGCACAUUGCCACGGAUUACGUCAAAGUAAAGAAAAAAAUGGCACUAUUUUUUUAUGAACAAUGAACGUGUAGCUUAAAAAAAUGUCAUGGUGCUAGCUUUGGGAAUGGACUCAAAGAAGAGGUUGAAAAGCACGCUUUUUUUCUUUGAAUGAAUAUUAAAACUUUCCGUUUUAAGGAAAGUGUGACUUUUAAAAAAAGAGGAAAGUAAAGGAUAUGGGGGAGCUCCUGGCAGUGGCAAUGUCAAGGGGGAAGUGUCACUGAGAAAAGAUACGGGCUGUGUUGGCAUCUAGGCUCACAGCUAGCGCUAGCGGCUGCUCAUCACUAGCUUGCCAGCAUAAGUGGCAAGAGGGACCUGAGACCCAGUCCCUGCUCCUCCUGUCUCUGUGAGGCUGCUGGACACAGGGAGCAGUGCAAGGACACACAGGGGACACUGUGGACUGGCUGGAUUGGAACAGUACUACAGUUCUGGGACAGUACUUCCUGUUUGCCACGGUUCUGCGGACUGCUCUGACAGGAAGUAACAUAGCAUGGACAAAGUGCGAGUGGGAUAACGAUGAUUCUAUUUUAUUUUGACUUUUCUGUUUUCAUUUCUUAUCAAUGUUUUAAUGAAAAAAAAGAAAAAAAAGGAAAACCCUGUCAGUUUCUGGUACCGUGACAUUCCUGUUUUUCCAACCUAGGCAUUUUUAUUGUUUCCAUUGUUCUCGCUGUGAUGAUAUUUUACAGUUCAAAAAGAAAGGCACAAAAUUUCAAUUCAAAGGGAAAGAAACAGCAAUAAUGUCAACUAACAAUUUAUUUUUAAUGUAUAUCAGUAGUAUUCACAUGCUUUUGCCUGAAAACAAAUACUUGAAUAUGUAUAUACAUCUAUAUCUAUAUGUAUAUAUAUCUAUACGUAUAUCUAUAUGUAUAUAUAUAUAUAUGUAUAAGUAUAUAAGUAUUCACACACACACACAUGUAUAUCUAUAUCUGUAUCUACCCAUCUCUUGCUUUAUACAUAAAGACAACUAGAUAGGUAGAUAUAGAUGCAUGGAUAUAUGGAUAUAUAGAUAUAUAAUUAGUUUCCAGGGACGUUGUGUUAUUUUCCUUUAGUCUGAGCUGUAUCUUGCGUAAUGAGCCGCCAAGCUUUUUUGUUUGUUUGUGGAAAUACAAAUAAGGGCACUGUAUAAAGGCAUUAUUUAUUUUGUUAUAAAAUAUAUUUGAGAAAUUGGUCCAAAUAAUAUACGUAGCACUGAUGCUCAACUGACGGAUUUAUUUUGUAUGAUCUCUGUUUUCCAAUUGGAGUUGUAAGGCUUUUUUGUAGAUGCUUUGUACCAAAAAUAAUGUCUUUUUAUCUCUGUUUGUUCGCCAUAGUUACUUUAAAUUAAUAUUUUAACAGCAGCAUAGCCUGGAUUACUUAGGUAUGUUAUGUCACAGAGUAGGCACAUACACCUAAUACGUUGGUCUGCAUGGAUUCGCAGAAGCCGGUCAGGGUUGUCUGCGGAAAGGAACGCAUCAGUGAGUGACUUUACUAUCGGAAAAAAAUAACUGUUCAACAUUGAUUGUACUCAAAUCCACUAUGUUUCUAAAGCCACUUUAGUAUUUAUGGCGGGGUAAUGAUCAGUCCUUCAUUAAAUCAUGUCUUUGUAAUGUGCAUGGUGUCCUAUGAUCUUCUAAGGAGCAUCUUGCCCAUGUGCCAGUGCCACUGAUGUUUGCUGUAGACUUAGGGUUUAGCUUACGUGUGACUCACACAAAUCAUCAUGUCAAUGCCCAAACUAUACCAUCAAAGGUCACCUAAAGGUCAUUGUCUGUCUGUCUGUCUGUCUGUCUGUCUGUCUGUCUGUCUGUCUGUCUGUCUGUCUGUCUGUCUGUCUGUCUGUCGCAGACAAUGCCCCAUAUCUUACGAACACCUCAAAGUAUUUGUAUUUACAUGCCGAAAGAGGUGAGGGUCGCUACCAAUUCUCCAGUUCUCCAUCCAUUAUGCUUUUUGAUGAAGGGCUAUCACGCUGAACCAUUUCUGGAGCACUCAGGAAAAAAACACUAUCUAUGCUGUCCAAGGUGAGCGAGUGGGGUAGCUGAGUAGAGAGUGUAAGCGAUACUCUUGUUGUAGAAGGGCAGCUGAGGUUGUUACUUGUAACCGGCCACGAGCGUACAGCACUCUUGAGACAAACCACUCAAGCCCAUGUCAGAAACAAGGUCAUUCUGUGCCACAUCCAUCCUCCUCUGUUGUGUCUUGCAUCACCCCAUGAAAUGGAGACUUAAUCGAUACACCACGCGGUGGUGAAGAGUCAAGCCAAUAUUUUAUAUCUUCUUUUUGCCAGAGAGAUCUCAAUUAUCAAGACUGCGUCCUGAUUCUAAUUAUAUUCUACUUCAGUUGUGCAACAAAGCAGGCAGUGCAAUUAUUAUUAUAUUGUUAUUGUUAUUAUUAUUGUUAUUAUUAAUAUUAUUAUUAUUAUAGUUUCUAUUUUAUUCUACAUUUUCCUGCUAGGACUGCAUUCAUUCACUAUUGUAAUGUUCAAACAGGCUACUCUAGUGUUCUUAUGAAGGCGUGAAAGACAACCACUUCUUUUCGCUGAAUAUGAAGAGAUAUCUUGCCGAACAACGGCGACUUUUUCUGUGUCAGUAGCUCACUCAGCCUGUGUGUAUUUUAUUGAUUUAACCUCUGCACGCUAGAACGUCCGAAAUGCACAAUUCAUGUACUUUCAUUUUUAAUAUCAAUAAAAAAACAUUUUAUCAAACAUACAAUG